CUGUCCCUGUUACAUACAUAGCUCUAAAAAGCAUCUUCACCAACUAAUCUGACAGGAGUUUUGCGGUGACCGUGCCAAAAGAGACCAUUUUUGACAUGAGAAUUGCCUUGCUUCUGAUUCUUCUGGUUGCGUACAGGACAGAUGCCAAAAUGGACAUCAUCACCAGCAAACAAGAUAUUCAAAUUGGAGAUGAACUUAUACUGUUGUGUAAAGCCGGGGGAGAAGGAGAGAUAACAUGGCAAAAGAAUAGCGAGGAGAUUGAUGUAGCGAUGACAACAAAGGUGGAUGAGUCCUCCUCUAAACUGGUCAUCAGGAGCACCACAGUGGAGGAUGCAGGAAGGUACACCUGCCUGUGUGAAUUUGACAGCGGCCACACGGACGAUGUUCAGACACAGAUUUAUGUUUACGAGGUUCCAUCAUUUGAAACCACCCCCACCUACCAUGAGUUUUUGGAGGGCACAGAUGGGGCGGUGCCUUGCCGGGUGUCUGGCCAGCCGGCAGUGGAGGUCCGCUGGAUAUACAACACAGACGCCAUGUCGUCUCACGGAAAUAAUGUCCAAAUGUUGCCUGAUCACACACUUGUGAUUGGGAAAAUGAAGCGACAGGAUGCUGGGACGUUCAUCUGCCAGGCCCAGAUCAGUGGAAGGCCCAUCUUUAAGCAGCUUUCCAUAUCUGUUGUUGUCAAUGCGGCUCCUACUGUGCAUCUGAAAGAAGAAGUGAAGAAAGUCAUAGCUGGACCAGAAACCAAUGUUUCCUUGCUGUGUUUGGUGGACGGCCAACCGAAACCCAAUAUCACCUGGAAUAUGCCGGCAUUGCAUGACCCCACACAUCACAAGUACAACUCUGACCGCAGCCAGUUGACCCUCAAGUCAGUUGUCAGGGACGACCACGGGGAGUACAUCUGCACCGCAACCAACAAGAUCGGCAAUAGCAGUGCUACCAUUAUGCUUCAUGUCUUUGAGGCCCCAGAGGUGUUUUUGUCUGUAGAGCAGCAGAAUGUCACCGUGGGCGAGAACGUGACUCUGGCCUGCAACGUCUCCGGCUUUCCUCAGCCUGACCUGCACUGGAUCAACAAGUGCAAUGGACGGACACUGGACUCAUCUUCUGGUCGUAUUCGUGUUGAGGGUGGCGUUUUAGUGAUUGACAAAAUAGCACCUUCUGAUGGUGGUCUGUAUUCCUGCAUGGCUGUUGGCAUCAUUGGCAAUGCAUCAAGAGACGUUGCAAUUCACACCCAGCCUGGUCCCCCUCCGUACCUGUCAGUCUCAUCUGGACCCGCAUCAAUCUUAUUCUCCCUCAAAGCACUACCCAUCAGUGGGGGAACACCAAUUACGAACUUCGUCCUGCAGUGGAGACAAAAUGCAGCCGAGCAAUGGCAGGAGUUCACAGUCCCAGCUGCAGAUACCCUGGCUGUGACCUCCCUCAUGCCCUACACAUUAUACACUGUUCGUCUGGCUGCCUUGAAUGCAGCAGGACGGGGCGCAUUCUCAGACGCAAACACCGUCCGAACCCAAGGAAUGCGAGGUGAACCAGACAGCCCUGUUUUGCUGUGUGAUGAGAUGAAAGUAGGGGGCAACUCCUUCUUUAUGCCCCUCAAACACAUUGAUGAUGGCGGGACUCCUCUCCUCCACUACAAUCUCCGAUAUCGCGAGGAUAGAGAUGGGGCUCUGUGGAAAGAGAAGAAGCUGUCAUCCAAUACUGACUCUAUUACCCUGGUAGACCUGACCUUUAGCUCUGACUAUCAACUGGAAGUCAUAGCAGUCAAUGCGAAUGGUUCCUCUCGCCCUGCAACAUUCAACUUCACCAUUGCAGAGAAACCUGUGCGUAGCAGCAUGACGAAAGGCAGCGUGGUUGGCAUCGUCAUGGUGAGCUUCCUGGUGAUUUUCUUUGUGGUGGAUGCCACUUGCUGCUACAGAAACCGCUGUGGCCUGCUCAUGUCCAUCGCUGUGAAACUUUUUGGACAGAAAGUUCCAGGCCUCAAAGAAGGAGAGGAGGGCACUAAUGGGGAAGUAAAGAUGAAUGGCUUGUCCACUCCAAGAGGCGACAGGCACCAUACGGGAGUUCAGACACUUCCCUCAAAGGAAGGCGGCACGCUCACAGAGGUCACCAGCGACAAAGCAUCUCUCACUAAACAUGAGAAAACUCAAUCAGACAGAAAUCUACAGAUGCAUGAGGGGAACAUCUAGAAAACAAAACAAAACAAGAGACGAACAAAAAUAUAUACUUUUUGAAGAGAAGAUAACAAUUAAAAAAAAAACAAAAAAAAAACAAGUAUAAAUUUGAACAGUCAGCAGUACAGUCAAAAGAAAUGAAAGAUUAUUUCUCUCAUACCGCUGUGCUGCUGAGGACAGCAAGCAUGUUGAGCAUCUCCUGACAUCACAUCUUCUUCUCAUAAUGAACACCCCCCCCCCGCCCCCCCUUCCUUCCGAGUUGGUGAAAGCAGUAGGAGACAACAAGUUAUAUAUUACAUCAUCAUGUCAUGUUGGUAGUCUAGUGGGUCAAUUGCUUUCAUGCUUAGGGUGCUCUUGAGAUCGGUCUUUUACAGGGUAUUGCUGUUUGUAACUUAUUCUUGAAAUGGCAGUGUUCUCAAACAGGCAUACUUACUGCAUGUUUUGAAUGUUUAAAACGGACAAAGAUUUAUUCCAAACAGCAUCCAAUGCAGCUGUUUAACAUUAAAAGUGCCCGUCUGUGGGCAGCACAGUGGGAAGGUUAUUAUUAGCAGGGUGCCUCACAGUCAAGGGGUCCCAGGUUCGAAUCUCAGCUCAGACCAUCCUGUGUUGAGUUUGCAUGCAGUCCUCGAAUGCUUGCACGGGUCUCUCCAGGCACUCCGGUUUCCUCCCACAUUUCCCCAAACAUGCAUGUGGGUUUCAUUGAAGUCUCUAAACUGCCAGACGGUGUGAAUGCUUGUAUGUGUAUAAGUGCCCUGCAAUUGGCUAGCAACCAGACCUGGGUGGAUCAAUCCAGAGUGGGCCACUUGCUCAAAGUCAGCUGGGAUAGGCUACGGCUUCUAGGACAAGCACUAUAGAAAAUGGAUGGAUGCCUGUCUCUGUGAACAUUAUUUAAAUUUUGCUUUGUUAUUAACUUUUUAUAAAUAUUGUUAUGAGGCUGCUAUACUGAUUUUAAUGUCGACCUAUAACAUACUAACACAAGCAAUACAGGCCAUUAAACUUGUAUCACUGUUAUGAUAAUACAGUACUGUACAUACAAGACUUAAGGCAAUAAGAGCUAAUAUUUUAAAGCAGCUCAUAGUCUAGUUUGAGUCUGCCUGAUGAAUAAAUUUUGACUUUUACAAAACGUUAUGCUUGCAAAUCAUAUAAGCUUGUGAAUGGCUGUGUGUGGUUGUAAAUAUGUAUGUUUUUACCUGUGUCUGAAUUAUAUCCAGUAAAAGGAUUAAGACCAUGUUUUGAAGUCACUCUUUAUAUUCAAUAGAGGCUUAUUAUUAUUGUGCAAUCUUCUUAUAGCCUCCUAGGCCAUCUUUAUGUAGAGCAACUAUAAUUUUUUUAUCUUGUCGUCAGAGGGUUCUUUGCCAUGAGGUGCCAUAUUGAAAUUUGAGUGACCAGUAUGAGAGCGCCUGAGAGCGAUAACACUACAUUUAACACACCUGCUCACCAUUCACACCUUAGACCUUUUAAGACUAUGAUUCACAUGAUAAAAUGGCAUGUUGGGCUCAAUUCGGACAGUUUCACUUAAGGGUGUACUCACUUUUGUUGCCAGCGGUGUAGACUUUAAUGGCGGUGUGUUGAGUUAUUUUAAGGGGAAAGUAAAUUUACACUGCUGUAUGCUGUUUGCUGACGACGUUAGAUGCAAGCAAAGUGUAAUUUUUGU